GUAGGAGGGCUCGUGGUUGGAAGGUUCGCGGGAAACGUCCCUAAACAAAUCGGUUCCGAUGGGCACGCGAGCGACUUCAGCCAGCGUUUGAACUUUAACCGAUCGACUUUAGCGUCUUCUUUAAACGCGCUAAUCUAACGCACAGUGUCCGCCGUUAACGAGCAAAUCUCACUCCGAGCACCGAACUUUACUUUAGGUAGCUCCGGGCUAACAGGGCAGUGUUAGCGGGCGCUAAUCGGUUAGCUUAACACUAACCAGCUCCCUCCGGCUUUUUGCAAGCGGUAGCGGCUAACGGACGGUUCCGUUAACGGCGAGGACACGGUGAACGGGGCUUGAAGACUCGGUAGACGGUGAGUGAAAUGGCAGAGAGGCCAGAGGACCUGAACCUUCCCAACGCGGUGAUCACCCGCAUCAUCAAGGAGGCGCUCCCAGAUGGGGUGAAUGUGUCAAAAGAAGCAAGGAGAGCCAUAUCCCAAGCUGCCAGUGUGUUUGUGUUGUACGCAACCUCCUGUGCAAAUAAUUUUGCCAUGAAAGCCAAGAGAAAAACUCUGAACGCGGGAGAUGUUUUGGCUGCGAUGGAGGAAAUGGAGUUCGAACGAUUCCUGGAGCCUCUCAGAGAAGCGUUGGAAGUGUAUAAGAAGGGCCAGAAAGGAAAGAAGGAGGUGUCAGAGCAGAAACGCAAAGAUAAAGAGAAGAAGACUGACUCUGAGAAUGAUAAGAGCAGGGAGGAGGAAGAGGAGGAGGAGGAGCGCAUGGAGGAGGAGCCUGAAGCCGAGAACGAAGCCGAGGAAGAGGAGGUGGAGAACUGAGGACGUUUAACCACAGAGCUCUGGUGACAUGAACGAUGAAAGCCACCCCAUCAGCUGCUCUGAGGUUAUCCCUGUCUGGAUGUGAUGCGUUUAAGUGAUGCUCAUUCGUCAUUGAACAGCCGUGAAUCAAUAACAUGCAGGUUACAGCACAGCAACACUGGUGAGCUCAGAGGAGACGAGGAUACGGUCCAGGUUUCUGUGGCGGCUCAGCUUCUGUCUUCCAACCAAACACACAACGAACAUUCAACACAAAGCACAAUGAAACCACACAUCAGACUUCGUCAUGCACUUCCUGAUCUUUGUCUCGGUCCACUGUGUAUUUAAUCAUUUUUAUACACCUGAGUCACAUUUUGAUACUAACACUCUUUAGUUUUUUCUUUAACAGGAUUUCUUGACAGUAAGAAAUGUAGAGUAGUUCAGAAAGUGAAAUACAGCUGAAAGUGACUGAUUCUGUCCUCACUGAGCCAAAACACAAGCUUUUCAAUCAGUUUACCACUGGAGGGGGUGAGAACAUCGUCCAGUUACAAACAGGCGUCUGAAAUGUAUGAGCACUGUUACGAUGCCUGUGAUAUCUUCACACUGAGAAACAGAAACGGUUUCCUACUAAAAACUUUAUUAAUUUAACAAAAAAAGUUCUCAAAUGAUAAAUGUUGUCUGAACACGUAGCCGUACAAGAACCUUUACUGAAGAAAAUGGUGAAAAUUUUCCCUUUAAAUCAGGAACUAUCUCAUCAUCAUUAAAAGAAGUAAAUAAAAAUAAAUAUAUGUCCUGACAUUUGAUGCCAGCUACAAAAUCACACCUUCAGGUUUUUCACACAUGCUGUUUGACAAAAAGCUUAAUUUGAGAAAUCCUGUGUUGGAAGAAAGGUUGUAUUUGUCAGAUGAGAUCAGUUUCACACCUUUAAAAAAAAAAAAAAAAAAAAUUCAAAUGUGUUUAUAAAAGACAGUGAUGGCUGUAAUCAACUGCCGCCAGGCUACAUCACUUCAUAUCCAGUACAAAUAGCUGCACCAGUGUACGUAGAUCUUCUUGUUACUUAACUGCUGAUUUUUGAACAGUUUAUACUUUUGUAGAAUUGUAUAUGACUGGCUGAUAUUUUCAAUAAAUAUUUUGUAUAAAACCAAA